GAUAACAUGACGUCAUUGCCAGUCAAUCGCCAUCCAUUAUAAUAUUUUUCAUCGACUUGUGGAGGAAGCUAGACCCCAAAGAUCCUUUUCUGCAAUAAUUAUUUGAUUCAAGAUGUCUGCUCCUCCACAGAACCCCGUGGCCGGACCAGGAGGGCCACCAAUGUCGGCAGCCGGAGGCCCAGGGGGCCCACAGCCUGCACAGCCCAGCAAGCGCUUACAGCAGACCCAGGCCCAAGUGGAUGAGGUUGUGGAUAUUAUGAGAGUCAAUGUUGAUAAAGUACUAGAAAGGGACCAGAAAAUUUCAGAAUUAGAUGACAGGGCAGACGCACUGCAGGCAGGAGCCUCGCAAUUUGAAGCUAGUGCUGGCAAGCUGAAAAGAAAGUAUUGGUGGAAAAACUGCAAGAUGAUGAUAAUUUUGGGCGUGAUCAUUGCUGUCAUAGUAAUUAUUAUCAUUGCAUGGGUGGCAUCUACUUAUGGUUAAUCCACAGAAUUUGGGCUGUUACAAGUCAACAAAGCAGUGGAGACAAUACCAACAACAGUGGAUAAGUCAACUACAUCUCUCAGAGCAUCAUCCAUAUUUCUAGUGCUUAGUUUCCCUCUUCAGGGACUCUCUUAUUUCAACUGACAGUUUUCAAAAUUUAAAGUUGUUGUUUUUUCCUCUCAAGUUUGACAUAAAACAAAAUAUUGAUAUUUAAUAAGAAAUAAUGUGUCUAUGCUUGAAAAUAAGUGAUGUGAAAUUGUCAACUGCUUUAUUGAAUUCAAGUUCUGUAGAGUUGAUUAUUAUUUUUUUCUCAUGUUUUUCUUGUGUGUAUUUGCUGUCCUCAGGAUUAAAAGAAAAAGUUUUUGAUUGAUUUUGAUUUUUUUCUGUAAAAUGAAAAAAAAAAAAUGAUGUGAUUAAUGGUACAGUGUAUUUAUGAUUAUUCUAAUAUUGUUAAGUUUUAUUGUAAAAAUCUGAUAUGAAUUAAUCUACAUGUACAUGUAUAUGAACAUAACCAAUGUAGAGAUUUCUUGCACAACAUUCCAGUGUUCUCGAAGGUUUAUUGCUAGCUUAGAUUAAAUGACUGUCAUGCUCUUUUAUUUUAUUUCAUAGGAAUCUGUUUUUUGGGGAAAUUAAAGUGCAUACAUGGGUUAACAGAAUCAAUAGUAGAUAAAUAAAAAAACAUGCAAGCAAAUUCUACAAGUGGAACUAGAUGGCUUUUUUUAAUUUGCUUUCAACCUGUUUCUUUUGACUUAUUUAAGGUGGUCUCUGGAAUUUGUAUCGUUUUUGAUAGCAUUAGUAUUUAAAAAGACCUUUGACCUGAGUGAGGUCAAAUAAAAUACUGGAACUCUCAAGGAUGAAAAGGCGUCAUAUACAAGUUUACCCAUGUAUGCCUUUAAGAUGGAAAUGACUGGAUAAUGUGUGUUUAGACUCUAUAGAAUAAUUUAGCAAGUUGUGGACUACGUAAUGUUUUUCAAUUAUAUGGGAUAUAUUUACUGAAUUAUUGCCCUUCACGUUUGUCUAUUUUUAAUUGUCAGCUUUUUUUUAACCAGAGUUGGUCUGCUGUCCCUCUUUUACUAUUAUUCCAAUACCUUGUUUUGUGCUAUUGGAAAAAAGUGAAAAGUCAUAAAUAUAUUGUAUAGAACAAGUAAGGUCAUAAUUUUAUAGGAAGGAAGGUCUUGGGUAAUAUUGAUUUAUGCCCCCCCCCUUUACCAAAAAAAAAAAAAUUUGAAGGGGUGUAAGCUGUAUGACAAAAAUGAUUACUACAAAAAAUGAGGGAAUUCUGAAAUGAUCAAUCUCAAAUAGUUUACACUUUCAACAAAGUUUUUAAGAUUCUUAUGAUUUUCUUUCACUUAAAGAAGUAUUUGGUUUGCCUUGUUUUUGUUUGAACUUUACAUUUUUGGUCAUAAAAACAACAGUAUUCCCUAACAGAUUUUGAACAAAAUUGGUUGUCAUCAAUGCCCCAUUCACAUAAAUUAAUAAGAAAUAAAAAUACAGCUAAUACCUAGAUUCUUGCAUGUGGUGGAAUCCUUAUGAACUUCUGGAAUGUCUAAUUAGGCAACAAAGUCCUUGAAGAAGUAGAGUUACACAUAGUUGGCUAAGUUAGGUGAAUAGUGCGUCCCAUUGGGGGGCUCUUGUUGAUGGUACUCGUCUGUUGGUAGUCAUUACUGUACAUACAUUAAUGUUUAUUAUUUAUUAUUGGGUCACAUAUUUAUCAUUAUUACUACUCUGUUUACAUUAUGUAUGAUGGAAUCCUGUUAAAAAAUUUGUACAUACAUUGUAAAAUAAUCAGAUUCUUUAACUGGACUGCGAGUGGGAAUAUUUUCAUGGCUUAAAUUUAUGUCAUUAUGCUGUUCCUUCUAACCCCCUGAUGUGUAAGAUUUUUUUGAUGUUGGAAUAUUUUUGCACCUGCAUGCUUUUGAAUCAAAGAUAUUUUGUCAUUCUAAUUAAAUUUGAAAAAAAAUUUGCCAAAUUAAGAUCAACCUGUCCAUGAAACGUGUUUGAGGUGUAUUUGUUUCCAUUUUAUAGGAUUCCAGUUGCAUUUUAUGUGUGGAAUUGUAGCUCUGACAUGGUAUGUAUAUCUUGAUAUAUGUACUUGGUCCCAGUGUCAGGCUAACACAUUGUAUAGAAUAAUCUGUGUUGUCUUGUUGAUGCAGUCAGUGUAAGAAAUAGAUUAAAUGCUUACCAUACAUAGGUA